CCACUUUUUCUAUAUCCAAAAAGAGGCAUUGCUAUGCCACCAUAAGUUGAACAUGCAAAUGACAGUCCACUCCACUCUGAAGGUGGAAAUGAUCUCAUUACUUUUUCCCCAAUGUCAUCUAUGGCAAAACGGUCAUAUGAGAAUCCAAUAUUCAAGGAGAAAAAAAGCAAAUCGUUGGGUUGACUUUGCUAAAUCCAGUAAUGUGAUCAUAAGCUUGAUUGAGCGUAUGGAGUUAUCAUGCACAGAGCAAAACCAUGCUCUGCAGAAACUCAUUGAGAGUCAAGUAGAAUCUUUCAAACGUCAGAAAGAAACAGUAAGACAACAUAUGGUUGAACUCAGAUGGGUUUUUGAGAAAGGCACUAGAGCAAAGCAAGAAACUGGGGAUGAAAGUCAUAGAACAUUGCAGGCUAUUUUAGAUCAGGGGUUAAACAAGUGUGUUAGCCCAGACCAGAAGUACCACUACCAACUUAGAAUGGUGAAACCACCACUCAAAUCUCCUAGCCAGAAAUGGAAGCAAGUAAGCCAUCCAAAGUUCCCUAAAGCUCAGAAUCCCAGAACUUUGAGGUGGCGCUUACAAUGCAAGAGAGCAGAAGAGAGACAUCGGCAGCAGAUGGAGAACUCAGGGGGCAUGGUAGAUCUGGCUCAGCUGCUCCUAGUGAGAAUGAAAUCUGUUUGGGUACAGAAAGACAAAAACAUGACAUCAAGUCAGACAUCACCAGAAGAUGAAAAACAUUCCAGAAGUCCUACUUCUCCCCAAGUUCUGACUAUGGAUACAAGUGAGGAAACUAGCUUGAAAGCAACGUUCAAGGUGGCAGAAGCAAUUGAAAAUUCAGCAAAGCAACAAACCAUCCAAUUUGGUGAGUUUUCAGUGAAUUUGUCUUGUUUGGUGCGUACCCUUCCUCUGAAUGGUGGCAGAAUUGAGGUCAUGAAAGCUGAUGACAAACCUUUUGUGGCUAACACUAAUUCGGUGGAAGCUCGUUAUUAUGAUGAAGAAAUUGGGACUAUCCGUUUCUUUGGGAUUGACCGUAAGGGCAGAUCAGCUAGAAUUACCGCCAAUACCAUAUCAGAACUUACUAGACGCACAGUAAAUGAGAGACAGCAAAUCAAUUGCCAGAAGAAAAAGGCCGUGGAAGAAAUCAAAAGAAAAUUAGCGACCUAUCUUAUAGAAAAGCGAAUCAAUGUAGAUAGAUCUGAGGUGGUCCACGAAGGUGAAGAUGAAAAUCUAACCGAUGUGGUUACUAUGGAAGAGUUAGAUCUGGUUCGAGCUAAACUUGAUGAUUUGAAAGUAGAAGUACAAGAUCUGUUGGAUGAGGUAAAUUUGGAUAUUUCGAAUUCUGGCUGAGUCAGAUUUGGGUGAAAUUGCAUAAUAUUUUCUUUUCCAAAUUAAGCAUUUUUUGAGUAUUCAAUAAAGGUGCAAAUCUGAAUUUGUAAGCUAGGAGAUUUGGCCGUGAGCAAUCAUAGCGACUAAAUUAUGGCUGUGUCAGAUUUCAAUCUACUCUAGAUCAAGUAUGCAAUAAAGGUUGUGAAAAAGGAAAGUUGAUUUUUUAUUUUGGAAACUACGUUCAAGUCUGCCUCUAUAUUUGUGAGAAAUUUGUUACAAUGUUUUGCCAAGUUCUUUUUUGCCUGUUCCAUAAGGAGAAUCUAUUUGUUAAGUUCUACAAGCUUGGCUUCAAGGUUUGAGAUCUCUUCUUUUAGACCUUAGAGUUGUUUGACAUAUGGUAUUGGUGGUUGGAGUUUGCAUGCAAUUUAUUUAAUUAUAAACACUUGAAUUUAUU